AGUAGUAGAAGUAGUAGUAGUAGUAGUAAUAGUAGUAGUAGAAGUAGUAGUAGAAGUAGUAGUAGUAGUAGUAAUAGUAGUAGUAGGCUACGUAGGUUAUGAUAAACUUCCGGGAGCUCUGUCGCCUGUAAUCGCCCCCAUGAACGUGACACCUACAAUUCCGAGCCGAUUCGCGCGCGUGCCUCAGCUGCUACGCAGUAGGCUAUAGGCUGUACUCAUUCUUAUGGAGCGGGGCGGGGGUGAGGGGUAUUAGCGGUCAGCCACGCCCACCCGCGUGCCAAUCAAAGCUUCCCUCUGAACGUCAGGUUGCGGGUGUGAGCGCGCGCGGGGACGGUGCGUGAUUCCCUUGAACUUGAAGGGAAAGCGGAGACGAUCAGUGGAUUAACAGGCGCGCGAUUAAAUGGACAAAAUUAAUAAAUAAAAGGAGAAAACAACACAAAAAAAGAAGAAGAAGAGCAUAAUAAUAAAAAGAAGUCCCCGACAUUUAUCUGUCACAUUAUGGAAUUGCCUUCACGUGCAUGGGAUAUUUCACUUCAUAUUUCAUGCACUUCGAAGUGACCUGGAGGUUUCUGCUUCUUUGGACAUGUGCAAUUUGGUUUAUUUAUUUAUUUAUUUAUUUUUUUGGAUUGUAAAUCCUAAUAUUUUUGUGUGAAGAACUUGCAUCCUGGACAGGAUCAUGCAGCAUUGUUGACCUCUCAGGCAACAGCUCCACAUGGGUUAAAAAUCUCUUCCUUUCCAUGUGCAUGGGAAUGUGACAGCUCUCUAAAUAUGACAACUCAGAAAUAUGGAGAUGGAGACUGCCUUACACUAAAAAAAAGUCCCUCACUGGAGUCAAACAGGAUGUUAAGCUGAACUGAUUAAUAAGCCUGCCAUCUGAUCAACUGGAAAGGAAAAUGUGGAUCUGCCUAAUGCUAAAGGUGAGACUGUAGAGUCUGUCUUGUCUAUCUUGCCUUUUGUGGUUGUGAAGGUGUCAGCUGAUCUCACCUGCGAUGCCGUGCUAAUGCUGGCUUCUGGAAAUCACACAUUGUACCAUCUGGAUGCCGCUAAUCACUCUGACACUAAUAACUCGGGUGUGUUUUGCAGCACAGCUAUCGAUGGCAUCGGCACCUGCUGGCCGCUCAGCGUGGCCGGGGAGAUGGUGUCGCGUCCGUGUCCGGAGUUCCUCUACGGAGUCCGAUACAACACCACCAAUAAAAUCUUCCGGAAGUGUCUGGCUAAUGGGACCUGGGCCCCCAAAAGCAACUACUCUCAGUGCAAAGCUAUUCUCAAUGUACAGAGGAAGAGCAAGCUGCAUUAUCGAAUCGCUGUCAUCAUUAACUACCUGGGUCACUGCUUGUCACUGUUCACUCUCCUUAUCGCCUUCAUAAUCUUCUUACGACUCAGGAGUAUUCGCUGUUUAAGGAACAUCAUCCACUGGAAUCUAACCUCUGCCUUCAUCCUGAGAAAUGCGACGUGGUUCAUCGUUCAGCUCACCAUGAACCCUGAUGUACACGAGAGCAACGUGCCAUGGUGCCGUUUAGUGACGACAGCAUAUAACUACUUCCACAUGGCCAAUUUUUUCUGGAUGUUCGGCGAAGGCUGUUAUCUUCACACAGCCAUCGUGCUCACCUACUCCACUGACAAGCUCAAGAAAUGGAUGUUCAUCUGCAUCGGAUGGUGUAUUCCUUCGCCUAUUAUCGUUGCCUGGGCCAUCGGAAAGCUGUACUACGACAACGAGAAGUGUUGGUUUGGGAAGAGAGCAGGCAUAUACACAGACUACAUCUACCAAGGCCCCAUGAUCCUGGUGCUUAUGAUCAAUUUUGUGUUCCUCUUCAACAUAGUAAGGAUCCUCAUGACCAAACUCCGGGCCUCCACCACAUCCGAAACCAUCCAAUACAGGAAGGCGGUGAAGGCCACGCUCGUGUUACUGCCUCUGCUCGGGAUCACGUACAUGCUGUUCUUCGUAAACCCAGGAGAGGACGAAAUCUCGCAGAUCGUCUUCAUCUAUUUCAAUUCCUUUCUGCAGUCCUUUCAGGGCUUCUUUGUGUCAGUGUUCUACUGUUUUCUAAACAGCGAGGUCCGCUCGGCUGUUCGGAAGCACUGGCACCGCUGGCAGGACCACCAUUCCAUCCGCGCACGAGUUGCGAGGGCAAUGUCCAUUCCCACCUCACCUUCGCGCCUCAGCUUCCACAGCAUCAAACAGUCCACCUCUGUCUGAUACAGGGACGCUUAACAUUGAAAAAGAAAGAGGCAGGCACUCUAUCAGUGAGGAUUUUCACUCCCCUGACCACAUCUGGACAGACGCUGGGACUGAAAUUAAACGAUGAACAGAAAAGGCCAUACACGUAAUGAAGGGUACGGUGGCAGGACUUCACAAAAUGGACCAUUCCGUGUUGUUGGAGCGUUUUCCAUAGACUCUACAUGUGUGUAAUACUCAGUUAUUUAUAGUUGGACACUGGGAAGGGACAGCUAUUACGUGGUACAAGCUUCGCCGUGAAAAUAAUUAAAAUAAACAAACUCAACUGGUUCAGUUUUCCUAUAACUGAAUGCUGACUCCACACUGUUCACUUCAGGUAAUCAGAACUAGUUAUAUAGACUGAUUAGCUUCCGGUAUCAGCGAACAGUAUAGAUUAUAGGAUUAGCUUCAAAUGUUAGCUAGUUGUACAGAAGAAUUAGCUUUCAGCAUCAGUUAGUUGUACAGAUAGAUUAGCUUAUUUGGCUAGUUAGCUUUGUUUUCUGACUUAGCUAGAUCUAACAUCUAACUGUAGCUAGAUAGCUUUCUGUGGAUGUACCAACUUUGGAUUCUUUCAUUUAACAUUAGCUACUUUUGUUUUGCAGAUAAAUUCACAGCUAGCCGGCUAGCUAAUACUGUUGUGGGAUGUUGGUGAACUACCAAUUAAAACUUUUACGUAAAAAAAAAAAAAAAAAUCUGAGCUGAAUUUUCUUUCACUCCUUGUGAAACAGACCUGAAAACACAUGCAAUGGUUAGCAUAACAGAGAAGGUAGCUUAAUACAUAUUUAUCAGUAAGAUAUACAAUAAUGGGGAAAAAAGAGUACGUAGUAGUCUGUGAAGCAGUACAUACUUCCGUCUUACCCAAUGAAAAUAAUUUAAUGUUUAAUGAUAGAUGACUUGGAGCUAAGAAAAUCAUAUCAUAGCCAGUUACUCAUGGAAGCGGAAUUGUGUUUAAACCACAUCAACAAACCCUAGAUUUGAAUCAGGAUGCCAUUUUGACCCAAUUUCCUUUCUAUUUAGAGACCUUUACUUGACUUUAUCCAUCUGGGCCAUCCAAAAGUCAUCCUUUGUGGGGAAUUUUUUGGCCCAUGGUAGCUUUGCAGACAAACAGCAUUCCUUUCGCUGCAUUCGCAGCUGAACAAACAUUUUAUUCCGCCGCCUCAGGUUCAUGGGGCUAAAUGCUAAAUCAUGAGACUGUUGUGGAAAGUGCAGUGUUGGCAGUAUGAACAGACCUGCCUUAAAGGGAUAUUCCACAGCAAACAUAGAAGUAUGUUGCAUGUGAAUGUAUAAUAUAUUUUUGUAUCUUCUACACUUGAUCUCAGUUUAGAAACAGUCCACGAACUUGAAAUCUGAUGAAAGCUAAAGGAAGAUUAACUGUAACAGCGUACACAGCGUACACUUAUUAAAAAUAAAUGAGAUAUAUUUUCAAUACCAAAACCUCAUGCCAACGGUGAAGCAUGGUGUUGGGAGCAUCAUGGUUUGGAGAUCCUUCUUCUUGUGAUCACAGGGAAAGAAAGAAACAGCAAUAGGUUUUAUUUGCCUGAAAGCACUCAUCCAUUCAAGUUCUAGUU